CCGCCACACCAAACAGAUACCACUACUGAGCUUCGCCGGAAAACCAUGACUGGAGUUCUCAACGUUUCGCCGGCGCCAAUUUUCCGGCCAUUUUCUGCUCACAAACUCUCUAGAAACAACAGAGUUUUGUUUGUAAAGUCAAUGGCGCAAUCUUCAGACAGUUCUAAUGGUUCCACUUCUCUGAGCACCAAAGAGGAACCUAAUUCUUCAUUUUCGCCGCCGCCGAACUUCAAACCACCGAAACCUAAGCCAUUUACACCGAGAGGUGAUAAAAUUUUGGACAUAUUGGGUGCUUCUCUUGCUUUGAUUUUUCGCCUUGGUACUGGUGCUCUUGUUUCUGGGUAUUCAGCAUCUUUUGUCCCCAAAAAUGAGGUUCCAUCUGAUCAGUAUGCACUUGAAAUUGCUGGCUUCAAGGUGAAGGAGAGUUCAAAUAUAGGUCCUCGACCUGAGAAGCCAAUCGAGAUAUAUGAGUUUGAAAGCUGCCCGUUUUGUAGGAAGGUUAGGGAAAUAGUGGCUAUUUUAGAUCUUGAUGUCCUCUAUUAUCCUUGCCCAAGAAAUGGUCCGAAUUUCCGUCCCAAGGUUGGUCAGAUGGGUGGAAAGCUGCAGUUCCCCUAUAUGGUUGAUCCAAACACUGGAGUUUCCAUGUAUGAAUCAGAUGAGAUUAUCAAGUACUUGGUAGGAAAAUAUGGUGAUGGAAAUGUCCCACUUAUGUUGUCCCUUGGUCUUUUCACUACACUUACUGCAGGCUUUGCCAUGAUUGGUCGAAUGGGGAAGGGGUCUUCUUAUAAGCCAUCUAAACUGCCUCCCAAGCCGCUUGAGUUAUGGGCAUACGAGCCUUCUCCAUUUUGCAAAGUUGUACGUGAGGUACUUGUAGAACAAGAGCUACCCCACAUACUUCACAGUUGUGCUCGUGGUAGCCCCAAACGCCAAGUAUUAUAUGAGAGAGUUGGUCAUUUCCAGGUCCCAUACUUAGAAGAUCCAAAUACUGGAGUCCAGAUGUUUGAAAGUGCAGAUAUUGUGGAAUAUAUACAGGCAACUUAUGCUCGUUAAGAUAAUUUCACAGGAGAAUACCUGCUAUGAGGCUCAAAGUUACUUCUCUUAUAAAUGAACUGAAGAUAAAUUUUUAUAUGGAGAUAAGUAUAUAAAAGGAAAGAUGUUCUGGAGUACACUGAUGUUCCAUCUACGUCCUCAUCAAAUCUGUGUUUCAGUCUGUAAAAGUAAAUGGCUUUGACACAGUCCAAAAGAUUGGCCUAUGUUACUUAAAGCCAACAGGGAAUUUCAUCCAUUGCCCACUAUUCACAUUAUUAUUAAUUCAAUAUGUUAUUAUUUCA